AUAAGUUGUCUUCCAAGUUUCUUUGUGUUUAUAUUUCUGAAGUUCCUAAAUCAUGGCACACAGAACAGCACCAUCUUGGUCUACCUUCACACUUAAAUGGAUUUAUGAUGUCUUCCUCAGUUUUAGAGGUGAAGACACUCGUCAAAAAUUCACUGGCAAUCUCUACAAUUCUCUGUGUGAAAAGGGAGUUCAUACUUUCAUUGAUGAUGAAGGGCUUAGAAGAGGGGAAGAAAUUACACCAGCUCUUCUCAAUGCCAUUCAAAAUUCAAGGAUUGCCAUUGUUGUUUUCUCUAAGAACUAUGCAUCCUCAACUUUUUGUUUGGAUAAACUUGUCAAGAUCCUUGAGUGCUUGAAGGAAGAAAAAGGUCGAUCAGUUUUUCCAAUAUUUUAUGAUGUGGAUCCAUCACAUGUUCGGCAUCAGAAAGGGACUUAUUCAGAAGCAUUGGCAAAACAUGAAGAAAGGUUCCCAGAUGACAGUGACAAAGUGCAAAAAUGGAGGAAGGCUUUAUAUGAAGCAGCCAAUCUAUCAGGCUGGCAUUUCCAACAUGGGUAUUCUAUACUUCCUUUUUAUUGUAUGUGUUAUAAACUGAUCUCUUUUUACAUUUUUUCAAUUCACAUGUUUUAUACAAUGGGCAGGGAGCUAGAAUAUAAGUCCAUCCGAAAAAUUGUUAAAGAGGUCUAUAAAAGGAUUAGUUGCAUUCCUUUACACAUUGCUGAUAAUCCAAUUGGGCUAGAGCAUGCAGUGCUAGAAGUGAAAUCUCUCCUUGGACAUGGUUCUGAUGUCAACAUUAUAGGAAUUUAUGGUAUUGGUGGUAUCGGUAAAACCACAAUUUCUCGUGCCGUGUAUAACUUGAUUUGUAGUCAAUUUGAAGGCACAUGUUUUCUCCUUGACAUUAGAGAAAAGGCAAUCAAUAAGCAAGGUCUUGUCCAACUCCAAGAAAUGUUACUUUCUGAAGUACUCAAGAAGAAACAUAUCAAAGUGGGUGAUGUUAACAGAGGAAUUCCAAUAAUAAAAAGGAGGCUUGAAAAAAAGAAGGUUCUUCUGGUUUUAGAUGAUGUUGACAAAUUAGAGCAGUUAAAGGUUCUUGCAGGAGAAAGUCGUUGGUUUGGCAAUGGAAGUAUAAUCAUUAUCACCACAAGAGACAAACACUUGCUAGCGACUCAUGGGGUGGUAAAAAUAUAUGAUGUUAAACCAUUAAAUGUUGCAAAGGCUCUUGAAUUGUUUAACUGGUGUGCCUUUAAAAAUCAUAAAGCUGAUCCACUUUAUGUGAAUAUUGCUAACCGUGCAGUUUCUUAUGCGUGUGGCAUUCCAUUGGCUCUGGAAGUGAUAGGUUCUCAUUUAUUUGGAAAAACGAAGAGCCUCUGGGCAAUGGGGUACGAAUGUAAUUCUGCAUUGGAUAAAUAUGAAAGAAUUCCUCAUGAAAAGAUCCAUGAAAUACUUAAAGUAAGCUAUGAUGGUUUGGAAGAAAAUGAGAAGCAAAUUUUCCUUGACAUUGCUUGUUUCUUCAAUACUUGUGGUGUGGGCUACGUCACAUCAGUGCUACGUGCUCAUGGUUUUCAUGUAAAAGAUGGUUUGAGAGUGUUGGUUGACAGAUCUCUCUUAAAGAUUGAUGCUUCUGGUUGUGUGAGAAUGCAUGAUCUAAUUCGAGACACAGGCAGAGAAAUUGUAAGGCAAGAAUCAACAGUUGAGCCUGGCAGACGUAGUAGGUUAUGGUUUGAAGAGGACAUUGUUCAUGUUUUGGAAGAAAAUACGGGAACUGAUAAAAUAGAAUUCAUAAAGCUUGAAGGGUACAACAACAUACAAGUGCAAUGGAAUGGAAAAGCCUUGAAGGAGAUGAAGAACCUGAGGAUUUUGAUUAUUGAAAAUACAACCUUUUCUACAGGCCCCGAGCAUCUGCCAAAUAGUUUGAGAGUGCUAGAUUGGAGUUGCUACCCUUCACCAUCUUUGCCUGCUGAUUUCAAUCCUAAACGAGUUGAGCUACUCCUUAUGCCUGAAAGUUGCCUUCAAAUCUUCCAACCAUACAAUAUGUUUGAAUCAUUGUCUGUGUUAAGCAUUGAAGAUUGCCAGUUCUUAACAGAUCUACCAAGCCUACGAGAAGUACCACUUUUAGCAUAUUUGUGUAUUGAUAAUUGCACCAAUUUGGUUAAAAUUGAUGGUUCAAUUGGCUUUCUUGAUAAGCUCCAACUCUUGAGUGCUAAACGGUGUAGCAAGCUAAAAAUUCUAGCACCCUGCGUCAUGUUGCCAUCUCUUGAAAUUUUGGACCUUCGGGGGUGCACAUGUCUUGAUAGCUUCCCGGAAGUAUUGGGAAAGAUGGAGAACAUAAAAGAAAUAUAUUUAGACGAGACAGCCAUAGAGACACUGCCAUGUUCAAUUGGAAAUUUUGUUGGGCUUCAACUUUUGUCCCUGAGGAAAUGCGGAAGGCUUCAUCAGCUACCAGGUAGUAUAUGUAUAUUGCCGAAAGUUAAAGUGAUUUUCGGUUUUGGGCAUGUGGUAUAUCGAUUUUGGGAAGAGAACCAAUAUGAACAAGAGUUGAGCUUAGAAGUGUCUCCAAGGUCCAUGGUUGUUGUUGAUGGUGACCUGGAUUUUACAUAUAUUGACAUGUAUUAUCCACACAUAAGUCCAAAUAAUGUCAUCCAAGUAUGCAGUCCUAAUCUGCUCUUGCAUCAUGAUUUCAUUUUGUUGUUCAAAAAGCUUGCAAGCAAGGAUGGGAGCAGAUGCAGGAAAUCGUCAAUGCAUUUCUCGUUUCGAAACAAAUUCCCCAAGAUUGCGGUAUGUUGUUCUGUAUUGCCUAGUUUGAAAAUUACCAUGAUAUUGAUUUUGAAGUUGGGCGUACUCAUCAACGGCACUAAGAUAUUUAGUUCAUCAUGUAACUACUUAUUUACACAAACAUGGAACCCAAAACUUUGGUGUGAUCUAGAAAGCAAAGCAGAGGGGAUGUUUUCAGAGCAAGAAUGGAAUGAAGCUGAGAUUUUGUUUGAGUUGGGAUACCCCACACCAUGUGCUGGAUUAACAAUGUCGCUCCACAACUUUGCUGAGGGACGUCUAAAUUGGACCCUAUUUGGUGUCUACGAGGAGGGAAAUAAUAAGGAGGAUAUUAAAUUUAAAGAUCCCAUGUCAACCUUUUCAUUCUGUAACAUGCUCAUGGAACCUCCCUCUUCAUUACCUAGUUGUUUGUACUAUGUUGUUAAAUGAAAAAGAGGUAGCGAUCGAUGGAAUGGAGAGAAAUUGAGUGAAAGGGAAAGUAGUUUCAUUAUUUGGUUUGUGAAAUUUGGAAUGGAACUUAAUGAAAGAUGAUAGAUCAUGAUUCAUUCUAUUCUAUUUUUUAACUUCGGUUUCA